AUGGCCGCGAAGAAAGUUAACGAAGAUUUGCAAAGAGAGCGUUCUAAAUGCAGUUUUGAUGUUGAGGAGUUAACGAACUUUCUAGAUUGGGGACCUCAGUAUACAAAACGGAGAAGAACUUUGGAACAAAAAGUUUUAAGCGUGAAAGGUCUGUUGGACGAUAUACCAGAAGAAUAUCUUAGUCACAAGGAAAAAUAUGAAAAUGCAGUGCGAAAAGCGGUACUAUUAUAUAGGACCCUUCAAAAAGUGGACAAUUCAAACAUUUCUGACGAAGAGAAAACAAGGGCCAACUUUCGAAACAUGAUUUCCUCGGCGGUGUUCAGAGACGGUACUCCUUUUACAUUGCAUUUUUCAAUGUUUACGCCAACCAUAAUGGGACAGGCUACUGAGGAACAGAAGGCAUAUUGGUUAAAAAGAGCCAAUAAUAUGGAAAUCAUUGGUACUUAUGCGCAGACUGAACUUGGACAUGGCACUUUUAUACGAGGCCUGGAAACACGAGCCACGUAUGAUCUCGAGACUGAGGAGUUUAUCUUACAUAGUCCAACACUUUCUUCUUACAAGUGGUGGCCCGGAGGCUUGGCCCACACUUCCAAUUACUGCGUAGUUAUGGCACGUCUUUUCAUAAGAGGAAAGAGCUACGGAAUUCAGCCAUUCAUGGUGCAAAUUCGAGAUGAAAAAACCCAUAUGCCUUUACCUGGAAUUAAGUUAGGAGAGAUUGGCGCUAAACUUGGAUUUAACAACGUUAAUAAUGGGUUUCUUGGCUUUGAAAAUCAUAGGAUACCUAGAGAUAGAAUGCUAAUGAAGAAUGCUCAAGUUUUAAAAGAUGGUACAUUCAUUGCGGCAACCAACAGCAAACUUACCUACGGCACCAUGGUGUAUGUUCGAGUAUUGAUAGUUAACAAUAUGGCGAAUCUCCUAGCAAGAGCUGUAACUAUCGUAGUGAGAUACAGCGCUGUUAGAAGACAAUCGCAGCCGAAACCCAACGAGCCGGAGCCACAAAUCCUGGACUACAUCACUCAACAACAUAAGCUGUUCAUCACCAUUGCGACGAGCCAUGCGUUCUACAUCAACGCCAUGUGGUUAUGGGAAAUAUAUUUUAGCGUUAAUAAAGAUUUAGCUGCUGGCAAGUUAGAAAAUUUACCUGAGCUACACGCCAUAGCGUGCUGUUUGAAGCCGAUAUGCACGUCAGACACAACCAUGUUGAUAGAAAGAUGUCGGCUAGCUUGCGGCGGCCACGGUUAUAUGCUGGCCUCUAACCUACCGCAGAUGUAUGGAUUGGCCACUGCGGCUUGCACAUAUGAAGGGGAAAACACGGUUCUGUUGUUACAAGCAGCCAGGGCACUAGUGAAGGCUUGGAGUGUUCGUGCAGAAGGAAAACCGUUAAAAGGUACCAUGGCAUACUUGGCUGGAACAACAACUCUGCAAAAGUGGGAUAGCUCUGUGGAUUCAAUUGUAAAGAGUUUCCAAGUUGUUGCUAUUCGUAAGGUAUCUGGUGCAGUGGAAACCCUUAAGGACUACCAGAAGUCUGGUCUUUCACAAGAAGACGCUUGGAAUAAAGCUUCAGUGUAUCUGACAGCUGCGUCGGAGGCUCACGGGCGUGCUAUCCUUUUGUCUGUUUACAAAUCAGAAAUGGACAAGAGAACUGCGUCAUUGUCCCCUUCUUUAAAGAAAGUACUUCAUCAGUUGGUGGAGUUGUACGUAAUUUAUUGGGCGCUAGAAAAAGUUAGCGACUUAUUGCUGUACACAUCCAUUACAGAAAAAGAUAUCACGGAGUUGCAGCGAAGGUAUAUCGAUCUCUUGGAGAAAAUCCGGCCCAAUGCAGUUGGCUUAGUCGACGCUUUCGAUUUUAGGGAUGAGAUUCUGAACUCAGCAUUAGGCGCGUACGACGGUCGUGCUUAUGAGCGUUUAAUGGAGGAAGCCAUGAAGAGUCCUCUGAACGUAGAGCCCGUCAAUGAGACUUUCCACAAAUACCUCAAACCUUUCAUGCUUGGAAAACUCUGA